UCAGUGUGGGCGGCGGCAGCGGCCGGGGAUGAGGCGGCGGCAGCGGCUCUUCUUGAUGGCGUCGCCGCAGCUGCCGGGCGCGGCCGGACGGAGGUAGCCGGAGCCGCGCCUAGGCGGCCCGGGCAGGCAGGCGGGCGAAGGAGCGAGCGAGCCAGCCAGCGAUGGAGGAUCAGGCGGCGCAGGAGGAAGGCGAGGCCGAGAUCCAGGAGCUGCACGGACCCGAGCACUGGUUCAGCCAGUGGGAGCGGCAGUGCCUGGCCGAGGCCGAGCAGGACGACGGCGGCGGCCUAGGCGGAGGCGGGGGCGGCCCUCUGCCGCCCCAGCUGCAGGGCGACGACGAGGCGGCCGCCGCCGCCACCCCGCAGCCGGAGCCCAAGCAGCAGAAGCUCUGGCACCUCUUCCAGAACUCGGCCACCGCCGUGGCGCAGCUCUACAAGGACCGCGUGUGCCAGCAGCCCGGCCUCUCCCUCUGGGUGCCCUUCCAGAACGCGGCCACCGCCGUCACCAACCUCUACAAAGAAAGUGUGGAUGCCCAUCAGCGGAGUUUUGACGUAGGAAUCCAUAUUGGCUACCAGCGUCGUAAUAAGGAUGUCUUGGCUUGGGUUAAAAAGCGCAGAAGAACUAUUCGCAGAGAAGACUUAAUCAGCUUCCUGUGUGGAAAAGCUCCUCCUCCACGAAACUCUAGAGCUCCCCCAAGACUGACUGUAGUAUCCCCUAACCGAGCGACAUCCACGGAAACUAGUUCUUCUGUCGAGACGGACUUGCAGCCCUUCCGGGAAGCCAUAGCUCUUCAUGGUCUCAGUGGCGCAAUGGCCAGCAUCAGCGUCCGCUCGAGCACCCCGGGCUCCCCCACCCACGUGAGCAGUGGCUCCAACGGGAGUCGAAGGAGAAACGGACUCCAUGAUGUUGAUUUGAACACUUUCAUAUCUGAAGAAAUGGCACUCCACUUGGACAAUGGUGGAACUAGAAAGCGUACCUCAGCCCAGUGCGGUGACGGCAUUACGGACUCCCCGACCCAUAAACGCAACCGUAUGAUCUAAAUGGCAACAAUUGUUUUCACCCUCCCCCUUCCCCCCUCCCCCGCCCCUUUGCUCGAAAAAACCCCCCACUGGUGCUCAUCCGCCCACUGGGAAAACAAACUUGAGGCUCUCUCUUCGCGAGCCACACAAAAAAAUUGCCAUAAACGAAAGAAUACAUCCGGAGGGUAGAUUCCUCUCGAACCUCCUCUAUGGCUUUCCUCAGAGUAGAUUCUUUAGCAAGAGGAUUUCCAACGUUGUGUAGUAGCUAGCAAGCUCAUCGCAGGUUAGAUCACACAUCCAUUCCAAGGCUAAAAGUGACCUUACGUGUACUCUUAAAGGGAAGAAAGGAAAUAUCAAGACGUUUUAUUUGGUUAUAGAUUGCUUUUUGUCCUUUAUUUCUUGCCGUGUUUCAAUAUUUGCUUCAACAGUAUUGCCACUUUAGACAACAGUGUCAACACCAUGACUUGGCAAGUAAGACCCACAUGCUUCCUAUAUAUAUAUAUAGGAAUAUUCAUUCUUAAAUAUAUUAAUAUUUUCCUUUUAAAGCCUACUAGACACAUAAUUUUCUAUUUAAAUAAGUGCGCACAUUAUAAACAUUGGCUUGUGUCCAUUUUUUUUAUAAAAAAAUUACAAAGCAGUUGACAGCCGGGAGGUGAUAUAAACAGGUUCCCUGGUGGUAAUGCGGCAGAGACUUAAGUCAUUACGAAAAGGCUGUUUUGUGUGUGUGUGUGUGAGUGAGAGAGCUCUAAAGCAGCUGCCCCCAGGCCCUCCUCUUCCACCUGCCCCAGAAAUGUCCACCUGGAAGGUUUUGAAUUGAUUUGCUUAAGUCAGCCAGCGGAGUAUUUUGAGCGUCAGGGAUGGAUGUGUUUGGUCACUGGGGAGGACAUGUGAUUUUGGGUAAUACAGAUACGUAUCAUACCCUUCCUCAGUGUGUGGGGAGAAAACUGGGUGGGUAGGAAAUGUAUAUUUUUUUUUAGGGGGUUUGGCCUUUGUGUCUUCCCAUCAUGCUGUGGGGGUGAGGUUUGAGCUGCUUUUAAAAAGCAGGAACACCUGUGUCUCGGGCACAGUCGUUUUCUUUGACAUUUGGGCGAGAUGGAGAACCUCUCGUUCCCGUUUUGGGUGGCUUUAGUGCCCAGGACUGCAAAGCUAAGCCGGCCCCCAGAGUUGGGGUUCAGCUGGCCAAGCCUUCCGACGCCCGCGGAGGGUAAUGUUGGUAUAGCAAAAGGGAACCACCAUUUCGAGUCAGGUACAGCCCACCCACUGAGCUACCUUGAGAAAGGUAAAAGGGAAGAGGGCCAGGACAUAAGGGCUGAACUGCUCUACCUGGGUUGAAAUUCCCCUCCCCUCUCCUCCAGUCUUGGCACACAGACCCUCCUUUCUGUGUCCUCCAGAGAUCUGUUGCAUUUUUAUCAAAGGAAAGGAUUGUAAUAACUCGCCCGGCAGCACUGGGAGUUUGAAAAUGGUAAGUUAGUCUUCUCUGUCCUGGUGCCCACUGGGUGUUUUUGGCUACAGCCCUUUCGUCCCUUGCCUUCUGGCUGAGGAUGAUGGGCGCUCUAGUCUGCCUUGAUUGCAGAAGGGCAGUUUGCAGUGUUUCAAAAUAGCCUUGGAACCAGAUUCCCCUUGAAGGUUGCUUGACUGGGCAGCUAAAUACACCGUAGGAUUCUUAGUUUAGAAGCCUCUUCAUGCCCCUUCGGUCAAAUGUUUUUCUCUCCUCUCUUCCCGAGGCUUCCUAUUUCUCUUAAUUUGGGAACGGUGGUGUCAGAUCCAUGGAGACCUGUCUAAGCACCAAAAGUCCUUGCAGUUAGGUGUGUGUGCGUGCGUGCGUGGGGGGGGGCUGAUUUCAGGAGGGAUUCAGGCAACAGUAAGGGCACUUGCGGAAUUGCACACCCUUGUUUUUGCCUUUGGGGGAAAAAAAAAGCAGUGUGAAGCACAGGGCACCCCAACUUAAAAGGCCACGGAGGUUCUCUGGGAGAAGCAGAAGUAUUCUCGUUUACUUCGUGGACUUAAAAAAAAAACCAGCCACUGCUAAUUGCAUCUUAAAACAGUUUUAAAAAUGGCCUGUCAUGAAACUAUGAGAAUUUAAAAUUAAUUUCCAGUCUCAGGUUGCGUUAUCUUUUAGAUCAGGGGUCUCCAACCUUGGCAACUUUUAAGACUUGUGGACUUCAACUCCCCAGAAUCCCUCAGCCAGCAAAGCUGGGGGGUUGAAGUCCACAAGUCUUAAAGUUGCCAAGGUUGGAGACCCCUGUUUUAGAUGUUCUUUUGAAAGAUUGCCAGUGUUGGAAGUGCAGCUCAUGGAUGGCUUUCUUGACUUAAUGAGCGAAUCCAGGCUGCAGGGUGUCGGUGUGACGUGGUUCUUUCUGGUUUAAACAAGCAUCUUCUCUCUGGAGAUUUCAAAGCACUUAAAAUGUUUGUGGGUGCAGGAUUAAGAAAGACUGGUUGCAAAAUGAUUUUUAAAAAAUAUAUAUAUUCUGCCAAAAAACAAAACAAAACCCCACCCCAAAAUCACAAAGUAAGUACUUCGAAUGAAAUUGUAACUGAAAAACUCAACUAGUGAGCAAGAGCCAUCUAAUAAAUACUCAGAAAGAAAGAAUUGGCCUGGAGUGGAGAAAUAGGAAAUGAAGACUUGGGGGCCACUGAUGAAUGCACAUCGGUGCCCUGAAUGAGAAUGGAGCUUUGCUGAGGGUUUUUGGUCCAGGGAGAGGGGUUUCUCCAAAGGAGUUAGGAGCCCAGCCCAAAAUGCUAGGCAGAAGAGAUUGAGAUGGCUUCCCAAAGAACGGACGGAGCCUGUAGCUCUCCGUGUGUGGAAUUGAUUCCCUUUCCUCCCUUCCUCUUAUACCAAUUAGACUAGAGUAACUCUUCUGUGCUUCGAAGCUUUGCUUUCAGUCUAGCUCCUCUGAACAAAAUUAUUUGAGCAUUUAAAAAAAAAAUUGGUGCCAUCUUUUUGUUUUGGCAAAAAGAGAAAAAAAAAACAGGCUUGGAUAAGCCAGCUGCCCUUUAUAGUCUGUGUGCUUGUAAAGCUUCAACUUUUUACUUUACUGCUUUUUUAAAAAAAAAAACCAACCAACCAAACUAUUUGCUGUCAAAAACAUUCACCCUCCUGCCAAAAUAAUCAUCAUCUCAAUUGCAUGAUGGCCCUCAUUAGAGAAGUGGCUUGUGUCACAAGCAAAUUUCUUUAACCCUCGGCCAUGGAAUAGCCCCAGAGGUCUCUCCUUGGUAGGUGACUUUGGGAAGACUAUUAACUCUUUGAACACAGACCUGUCUAGUACUUAAGGUGGAGUAGAGAAAUAGUCUAUUGCAGUUCAGCUUUUUUUAUUAUUAUUAUUAUCUGACAUGAUUGGAUGCCCUUCCGGUGAUACUCGUCUCAUUCUGUUUUUCCUUGUAAACCAAACUUAACAUGAAUGUGGGGCAGAUUUUACAUAUAGUGUAUCCUGCAUUGAAGCUGAGCUUGGCUUGCAUAUGACUAAAAUUCAAUUUUAAAUAUUAAAACACUUGAGCUAUAGUGAAGUAAUGCAAAGCUGAUUCUUCUCCCCUCUCCCUUCCUUUGUUUGAAAUGGAAUUCCUGCAAAUCUUCAAAUGUGACCUUGCUCUGCUGGAGAAAUAGAUAACUUUUUAAAACCGUAAUAAAAUAAAAUAAAAUAAAUCGACACUG